CCAAAAGGAAGGAUCCGUGAUUUUCAGUUCGCAACUUUAGAGAAGUUCUUCACUGCAUCCGAGAUGAGCUGUCCUUCGUUUGCACAUGUACAACCCUCUCGAGCCAGAUCCUAUGAAGACUGGCUCAGCGAUUUCACUUGGGACAUCUGUGGAGAUUUGGCAUACAACUGGAUUGGGCUGUUUGAACCAGAUAUGAACUACUCUGGUCCAACACCAGUAUGGUGGCCUGUGGGUGUAACUUUGACGCAUCCUCGGCGCAUGUUGAAACAGGAUAAGGUUAUACUUCUCCGCCAUUUGCUGCAUGGAAAGUUGCUUGAACAUUGCACGAGGGUCAGCUUAGAGAUUGAAGCACGCAACAUUCAUCGUCUUCAGAGUUCACCAGUUCAUCAGAAGACCCUUGCCAAGAUCCUCGACGCUUUCCAGGAUCAACAGACAGGCCGAAACAUGCCUAUGCAUUGGAACUUUGAGAGUCCUGACAAAGCAACAUCAAUUAGGCAAAUCGUGGAAGUGAACCCAAAUCCGCCUGAGUAUUUGGCGGACUUGACUUCCGAUUUCUGUGUUGAAUGGCAGUCAUUUUCACCGCAGGGAGAGCCGCUGCAUGCAACAGCAAUAACCCGUUGUGCGCUCCGGGAAGGGUCCCUCCUUUCUCUGGAGGGGCGGACACUACAACAAUGCUCGGUGGCCCAAGAGAUUCGGACGGACCCAAGAAUGGGUAACCUAAAACUUGUCGUCGCAUAUAACCCGCCACAACCCGGCCAAUUCGUGUCUACUCUCUCUUACAUGGCAUUCUCAAUCAGGAUUGCAGUUUCACUGUCGCACGGCCGCAUAGUGACGACGAACGCACGAGGUUGGGAGGAUAUUUCUGGCCUCAUCGCAGAACUCGAGGCCCAGUAUUUAGCGACUAGGUCUUUCGCAUGAGUUAACGGGGUCGUACAGCGGUUCUCGAUGGCGGAAUACCUUCUAGCAGAGCCAUACUGGGAUUGGGGCAUCAUAGAGGAUGCAGUCAUGCUUUUUGAACGUGCUCAAGAGCGUCAAUGAAAAACCUUUGAAGACGAUACCCAUGUCUUCGAACAUACGCUGUGUCUUGCUGCUACUGCGAUGGCACUUUCAUUGAAACAUACUGGUGAAGGCAAGGACGAUUUGACGGCUGAAAAAACAUCAGCAGAGCAUUGAAGCCUUACAACUGGUGGAGGCUUGGGGAGAAAGAUGCCUAGUGGAGAUCUUUUUCGAGUGCCAGAUGCAUACAUUCUGUUACAUGUCAUUCGACAUAUGAUACAGGGCAAGCGUCAAAAGACAUUCGAGAGCGGGCUCAUUCUACAGUGUCAUACCCGAACAAUAGUUUAGUUACCUUCUCUCUGUCUCUUUCCAUAUCUACUGAAAGUUGAUUGACUUCUUUCAGACCGCUCUCCUCAAUUGCCCUCAGUGGUCCUUAAUACUGCAAAAAUAGUCAGCUAGGGAGUAGAUGUCCAACUCAGCCAAUCAUCGUUGUUCCUAAGGCCUGUUUGGUCAGACCUCAUCGUGUGCCACUUCCUCAGUCAUUCCACCGGGAAGCCGUAGCGGCCAG